CUGUGUAAAAGUGACACAACCCUUCUGUUAUGCAAAGCAAGGAAGGCUCAGAACUACGUUUCCCAGAGGGCACUGGCUGUGUACAAAGAUGUCUCUGGCCUUGGACAGGGGAGCUGUUUGCACAGAACAGAACGGCAGAGACUGACAGGUGUGCGGACACCUGGAUGAGGUCUGUUUGGAGAGCCUCCGGAGGCUCGACCAGUUUCCCACCUCUCCACAAUGAGACAGUUCUGGCUUCACUUCUUCACUUCACCCUGUAGUUGAUAGUUCUAGAUGUGGAGGCAAGGCUGGAGUAGAGAUGGCCGACAGUGUCAAGAUCUUCCUUAAUGAUCUCAUCAGGGGAAUUAAAGACUCCAUAUGGGGGAUCUGGACAAUCUCCAAGUUGGAUGCUCGAAUCCAGCAGAAAAGGGAAGAGCAGCGAAAAAGAAGAGCAAGCAGUGUUCUUGCCCAGCGAAGGGCACAGAGUGAAGAGAGGAAGCAGGAGAAUGAGCCCCGGAUAGUAAGCCGAAUAGUUCAGUGUUGUGCAUGGAAUGGCGGUGUAUUCUGGCUUAGUCUCCUCUUGUUCUAUCAGGUAUUUAUACCUGUACUUCAGUCAGCCACAGCACAAAUAAUCGGUGACCCCUCCUUACAUGGUGAUGUCUGGUCCUGGCUGGAAUUUAUCCUCACCUCCAUCUUCAGUGCCCUUUGGGUUCUUCCCCUCUUUGUGCUGAGUAAAGUCGUCAAUGCCAUCUGGUUUCAGGACAUUGCUGAUCUGGCUUUCGAGGUAUCAGGAAGAAAGCCCCAGCCUUUCCCCAGCGUUAGUAAAAUCAUUGCUGACAUGCUGUUUAAUCUCUUACUGCAAGCUCUUUUCCUCAUCCAGGGGAUGAUUGUAAGCCUGUUUCCCAUUGAUAUCAUUGGCCAGUUAAUUAGCCUGCUUCAUAUGUCGCUGCUUUACUCACUGUACUGCUUUGAGUAUCGUUGGUUUAACAAAGGAAUUGAAAUGCACCAACGAUUAUCCAACAUCGAAAGAAACUGGCCUUAUUACUUUGGAUUUGGCUUACCACUGGCCUUCCUCACUGCAAUGCAGUCUUCUUACAUUAUCAGUGGCUGCCUGUUCUCCAUUCUUUUCCCUCUGUUUAUCAUCAGCGCCAAUGAAGCAAAGACACCAGGGAAAGCAUACCACUUCCAGCUGCGCCUCUUUUCCUUGGUGGUCUUCCUCAGCAACAGACUCUUUCACAAGACGGUUUACCUUCAGUCUAGCCUGAGCAACUCUGCUUCAGCCGAUCGACUUCAGCCCUCUCCACACUCAUCACCUGCCAGACAAAAGGCUGCUUUGGCGCACUGAACCAUAACCAAAGCAGAGAGGGAGGAAGAGUACUGUUCCUGGCUGCCGUAUACAUGGAGGGCAGGCAGUGUUCUGCUAAGGGGCUUGUGCAUUCCCCUCCCAUCAUUGUUGUUAGCCCCAGUUGAAUACCAGCUCUGUGUCACACUGAGCGUGUGGAGUAAAAUAUGUUGGGGGGGGGAGGAGGGAAGGGAGCAGUAGAGCCUGGGUUUUUUAAACACCUUUUGUGAGUUUUUCAAAAGCUAGGUUCUUUGCUUGUUUUCACAGCAUGCAAUGAACCUGUGUCUAUACUGGUUGGUGGUUUUGUUUUUUGUUUUUUUAUAUUUCUCCACCUGACCCUGUGCCAUUUCCCCCUCCUGAUGAAUGAUUUUUUUGUAAUGCAUAUUUUGUUGUAGCUUUGUGAUAACGCCGAUGGGGUCUUUCCAGUGAACCGCACCAGGAGUGUUUGAGUUUUCUCAAUGAUCGUAGUUCUUUGUAUAGCAUAUAACUCAGGUCAGGAUUUUGUAAUCCCUGUUGUGCUGAAAUGAAAAGUGGAUCAUGUAGCUCUAGGUUCAAGAUCAAGACACAGAAUAGGAGGAUUCCGCCCCUCUUUUUUUUGUAUUUGGUGACAUCUGUACAGUUCUUUCUGCCAACUGACACACUUUGGUCGUGUCACUUUAAAGGACCUUGAUGAGUGCCACUCAAACUGUUUUAUGCUGGAAGGGAUCUCCUUUAAUGGAUGAAACGAAUUCCUAACCUUAACAGCAGAAUGUAUGGAUAUAUAUUUUUUAACCUACAUCCUUGGAGCUCCGCUUCCCCCCCCAACCCCCCCCUCUCCUUCUGAACUUUCAAAGGGAAAAUAUGAAAAGUGUACGGGUAAGUUCAGGCACUGAAAUGGAAACAUGUUAAAUCUGUGGCUGGGGUUGUAGGAAUUGCAGUGUAAUAUUUUGUUAAUGGAAAGAGGUAGGUGUGUGUAAAAAUUGGUGUCUUUAUAGAUCCUGGUGGUGUUUGAUGGCAAAAACCACAAUGGCAGUUUCAAAGGAUAUCCACGAAAAACAAGAGAACUCUCUUUUUUCCUACAGCACUUCUGUACAGGGUUUCAAGAGGUGUCACUCUCUCGUUAAAUCUAGGUAUGGUGGGUGUGCAUUUGCAGCAAAAAGACUUCAAGUCACGAUUAAGAGGCCUCCAGCUCAUAUGUCGCCUGUCUGAUUUGCAAUUGUUGUCCCAGCCAAGUCAGAA